ACCCCCAUCGCCUCGUCGCCAAGGAAGAAGAGCCGCAAAUAUGGCAAUGUCUGGAGGCCUAAACUUCGCUGUACUCCCCCCUCCUGUCUGCAUCUCCGUCCGGCCUAGGUCGGUAGUGGCUUUGGCGGCGGCGGAAGGGACGCCGGAGACGGCGGAGAGGAGGGCGAGGAGCCUGUACGAGGUGCUGAGGGUCCGAGAGACGGCGACGGCGGGGGAGAUCAAGGCGGCGUACCGGUCCAUGGCGAAGCGAUUCCACCCGGACGUGACUGCGGGCCGGGGAGGGGACGACUUCGUGGAGAUCCGCCGCGCGUACGAGGCGCUGUCGGACCCGGCGGCGAGGGCGCGGUACGACUUAUCGAUCGGGAGGUGGCGCCAGGGGGCGUGCGGCCUCUCAGGGAGGUGGGAGACGGACCAGUGUUGGUAACCGCUGUUGCAUCGAGGAGUCGACACCUUCUUGCUCUUCAAUAAAAACUAGGAUAAACGGUGUACUGAUGACGGCUGAUUUCGUCAUCAUAACAGAACCACCAAAAGAACCGACUCGAAGCCACACAUCUU